UCAUGAGGAAUUUGAGGUGUGAAUGGUCAUUAACAUAUCUUUUGUUUCCACAGGUGGGAGAGGUCUGAGGUGUGAAUUGGUCAUUACAAUGUGUGACAAGUUUGGUAGGAACAUCCUGUGUUCAGUGUUUUGUCCAUCUGAGUAGCUUGAAAAUGCUUCGCAUGCAUUUUUCAUGAUGAAAAAAGGCUCUGGACAGCAUCGGGAAGUGGAAAAAAUUUUCAGACGCUAAUGUGUAUAAGCCGUUUUGCGUUUGAAACGCUGAUAAAAUCUACUCCUGAACGCAAGUUUUCUUCGU